AUGGCUCAGGUACUUACAUCAGUCAUCCAGACGACAGGACCGAUUACAAUGCCAUACUCGCCGUCCGAUGCCUACAAAAACACGCCCAACCACCCCAACCAGCAACAACAGCGGGCCUCGCAGAUGCCGCGCAACCAACAAAAUGGAAAUUCGGGAGGCACAGGAUACAGAGGGACGGCCGCACCCAUAGCCCCGUAUGCCUUCAACAGCACGCCUCAGCUGCGCCAGGAGAACAAGCCCGUCUCUGCACCAGCCCCUCAGGCCCAGCAGCAACCUCCCAGCCACGCCAGCCAGGCCCGACUCGGCCACCCCUCUCAUCCCUCGUCAUCCUCCGACUCCACAGUCUCCACAUCGGGCUCAUCCAACCGCUCGUCGGCUGGACCACCUGCAGGUGCCAGAGAUGAACGUGAAGUCAGGAAACCCUACGACACCGUUGCGCCAACCAUCACACUAUCCACCUCCAUACCCGAUCUUUCGCUUUCGAUAGGCGAAUCAUCGCCUGUGAAGCCCUCUCCAGGGCGAUAUCGACGCGGCGCUGGACGGACAGACUCGUCCAACAGCAUCCCCACGGGUGCCACUACUCCGACACAGCGCUCUACAUCUGGAGGAAACUCCCACAUGGGGCCAUCGCAGCCCACGCAGAACGAAGGCACAGGUGCUGUUAGCUUCCCACCGCCGUUCAGGCCCGGGCACAACCGAGCGAACAGUGCAGAUGAUACGCAAGUUAUUCGCUCAAGCGGUAUAGACCCCGCUAAGCGAUACAGAAGACGCAGUUUCAACGGACUCGAAGGAGACAGCACCGCUGCCUCUAACAUUGCAACACUGCAGGCCAGCUCUGGAACCGGCCAAAGCACAACACUGAGCGCAAACACCACAAACACCUCCAACUCAAAUCGUACAGGAAGCCGUCCCGCCUCGAGUCAUAGCCAUGAGAGACAGGGCAGUGCGGGUAGUGCUUCCUCCAACAACUCCUCGAGAUCGCAGUCUCGCCCCGCAGUAAACACACAACGUAGCUAUGCAUCUGUAGCAGGAGGUAGCUCUUCCAAAGCACCCGAGCCUAACAGACGGCAAGCUCCAUCUCCUCUAUCACAUCCCGUGUCUCCAUCAGAGCCUGCGAGCCCUGCCAAGGCAGCCGCGUUACCUAGCACAGCCAUGCAACACCUUAGCGCUGUCAACGACAAGGACAAGGGAAUGAAGUCCCGUCUACGCAGGGCCUUCUCUUUUGGAAGCGCUGCUGAGCUGCGAAAGGCCUCUGCUGAGAAUAGCAUCUCAGCGGAGCGUGCGAGGUUGAGGAAAGACAAAUACCAGAACGAUGAGGAUGCUGAACAGGCUGCCAUCAUCGCAAAGCAAGAGGCGGCAGGUAUUGGCGCUGGUAUCUACUCAGGUCAGGGUGGUAUAGGCUCUACCGACAAUCUGUCUAUACAGUCGGCUGCAUCGUCAGCCUCGGUUAUGCUCCGGAAGAUGGGCCAUGGAAUGAAGAAGGGCACUAAAUCUAUCAAGGGUUUAUUCAGGCCAAAAUCUGUCAUCGGCGUACCCGCUGCCGAUGGCCCCAUUACCAGGCCCAGCGUGGGUCAGGUGUCUUUAGUCACCGUCGAAGCCGAGAGACAAAAGGUUAAUGUCAACGCAAAACCCAAUGAACAAACUGGAGGUGGCACUGGCUAUCCCAGACUGGAGCGCAACUCCAUCGAUGCCGGUCGAUCUGCAGAGAUUGUAAACCCCUCUGUCCUGGGCGGCGAAGCUGUGUCUAGGAAAAGCAUCGUCGGAAAUGACCGCGAUCGUGCUGAGGUUCUCUCUUCUAUGAAGAAGGGUAUCUUGAAACGCACUGGCACAAACUCAGAUUCUGGAUCUCCUGUUCUCAAACCUGUAGACAUGGGUCCUAACGUAGGCUCAUCGCGAUCCAGUUCUCCUGCCACGCCCAAGACAGAAGUUGGGCAAGCCCGGAACGAUGAUUACUUCGGCAAACCACCACGCAUCCCCAAUGGCAGCACGAGGAGUCUUCCAACCACACCCCAUGGUGGCCUCCGAAACAUCAGUUUCAGCCCACGCAUACAAUUCCACGACGCCUGGUCACCGCAGGAUUAUGAUCGUAGGGGCGACAUCGCAACGUGUAAUAGGCUUACACCGAUGCUUGCGCAACAGAUCAAGGAGGAACUUAACUCCUUUAAGAUGGAGAUGGAAGUUCACGAGCUCUCGAAACCACACACCCAUUUCUUCUAA